AUGCCCUCCCCCCUCCUCAUAGCCUUCACCCUCCAAUUCCUCAUCCUCGCCAUCAACACCCUCGGCAAGCAGACGUUCAACGACACGCUCUGGCGCCUCUACACCCUCGUCUUCUCCACCACCUCGAACCCCGACACGCAAGACCUGUCGAAGCAGAAGCGCGAAGUGCUGCGCCUGCAGCGCGAACUGAACGCUACCUCGGCACAAGAUGAGUUUGCCAAAUGGGCGAAGCUGAGACGGCAGCAUGAUAAGGCGAAGGAGAAGUAUGAGGCGCAGGCACAACAAUCCGCGCGCCAAACUUUCGACCGCAUCGCCUCCGCCUUACGCUUCCUGGGAACGCAAGGCCUGAAUUUCGGGUGCAAUUUCUACUUCGGCAAGCAGGCGAUGUUCUGGUUGCCGUCGGGCUGGUUUCCGUAUCCGGUUGAGUGGGUGCUUUCGUUUCCGCGCGCGCCGUUGGGGGCCGUGAGUAUUAAUGUUUGGGGGAUUGCGUGUGCGAGUGUUAUUGGGUUGCUGAAGGAGGGGGUUGUGGGGGUUUGGGGAUUGAGGAGUGCGGAGGGCAAGCAGGGGGCGGUAAAGGUUCCGGCUGGGGCUGGAACUGGAGUGAAGGGGGAGGGGGAGGGGAUGAGGGAGAAGAAGGAGUUAUAG